CCUCGUUGCACCGUGCACCAAUAGCGCGCCACUAUAAGAUCGUCAGCCUUGGCUACAGCAUGACUUCUGCACAUCAGGGUGCAACCACGGCUACCUCUGUGGCCCCUUGAUACCCCCGGCACCCUAAUUCAUGUGAGCGGGAGCGCGGGCAGCCUCUCGUUUCUUCCUCUCUAUACUUUUUAUCCGCUUUGGUGCAUUUAUGUUUUUGGCUUUCCCCCGACUGCUGGAGAGUCCCCCGCCAGCUAUGUCCAGGAAUGGAUACUUCUUUGAAGAGACUGGGUACCUUAAGUGUGACACAGAUGACGGCUGUGACCCCAAAGAAGAAGAAGGAGGGGGAGGAGAGGAGCUAUUCGACACUGUUCACUCAUCGAUUGUAUCGGGGGAAAGCAUCAGGUUCUUUGUCAAUGUCAAUUUGGAAGUGCCACAGAGUACAACAGCUGAAAACGAGAGUUCCGGCUGUGUAUUACUGCAUACGUCACGAAAAUACCUAAAAUUAAAGAACUUUGAGGAGGAGGUGAGGGCACACCGGGAUCUGGACGGCUUCCUUGCCAAAGCCAGCAUCAUCCUCGACGAGACGGCCACCUCUCUGGAUGACGUCCUGCGGGAGAUGCUAAAGCACUUUGUGGAGGAUCCAGAGAACGCCGAGCCCAGCUGUAACUUUAACAAAAUCAUGAGCACUUUAUUCACUGAUUCUGGGGCACCCAGGGAAGGGAAUGUUCAUCUCCUCUCAGAUACAAUUCAGGGGGUAACUGCUACAGCCACUGGAGUACAGUACCAGCAGUCGUGGCUGUGUAUUAUUUGCACUAUAAAGUCGCUUCAGAAACGGCAUGUUUGUAUCAGUCGGCUGGAGAGACCCCAGAACUGGGGGGAGAACUCCUGCGAGGUCAGGUUUGUCAUCCUCGUCCUGGCGCCGCCUAAGAUGAAAAGCACCAAAACGGCGACGGAAGUUGGUCGGACGUUUUCCACAAUGUUUUCUGACAUAAACUUCCGGCAAAAGCUUUUAGAAACCAAAACGGAAGAGGAGUUUAAAGAGGCCUUAGUGCACCAGAGGCACCUGCUGACCCUGGUUAACAAGCAUUCGUCUCUAAACGAUGGCCACAAGGUGCAGAGCCACAAGCCACUAAAGGAUCUGCUCCUGGUACCAACAGCCGGGCACCCCAGACAGCUGAAUGAAUUUUUCAAUGUGGGAAAGGGAAUUUUCGAUGACAUUGCACGCAGAUUGCCAGUAUACCCGUUGGAUUUUACAGACGGUAUAAUCGGAAAUAACAAGGCCAUAGGAAAGUACAUUACAACUAUGAUUUUCUUGUACUUUGCGUGCCUCCUGCCCUCUAUAGCCUUUGGCUCUUUGAACGAUGAAAGCACUGCAGGGGUGAUUGAUGUACAAAAGACCAUUGUCGGCCAGUGCAUCGGGGGAGUUAUUUACUCUCUGUUUUCUGGGCAACCGUUGGUUGUUUUAUUAACCACCGCUCCUUUGGCUUUAUACAUAAAUGUUAUCAGAGGGAUCUGUGAUGACUACAACCUGGACUUUAAGGCAUUCUAUGCCUGGACUGGGCUGUGGAAUAGCUGCUUUCUUAUUCUCUACUCUCUCUUCAACUGUAGCCUGUUGAUGAAACUAUUCAAGAGGUCGACAGAAGAAAUCAUAGCACUUUUUAUAUCCAUAACUUUUGUGCUGGAUGCACUUAAAGGGAUAAUCAAAAUUUUUAAAAAGUAUUAUUUGGAAAUCCCAAGUUCCCACACGUACCCUGACCAGGAAUAUAAUAAACACUUGCCAAAUCUGAACUUUACGUCUGAUGUUCUUCUAAAUUCAACGUUCAAUGGCUCUGUGUUUGCGCCGAAUGGCAGCAGUGACCACGAGGAGAUACAUUAUGGCCGGGAGUCAGCUGUGCUUAGUCUUAUGCUGAUGUUUGGCACCUUGUGGCUGGGGCACACUCUCUAUCAGUUCAAGAAAAGCCCAUACCUCCAUUCGCGAGUACGUGAGAUGCUGUCGGACUGCGCGCUGCCCAUAUCCGUGCUGACCUUCUCAGUGGUUGGCUCCUACUUCUUCAAAGAGAUUCACAUUGCCAAGUUCAAUUACAUAAAGACAGAGAGCAUGUUUGUGCUGGCUCCUAUUGGCUCUCUCUCCAUGGGCCCUAUUACUAGCGCUAUGGGCCUGGGCUUCCUUCUGUCUAUGCUCUUCUUUAUAGAGCAGAACAUCGUGGCCUCCCUGACAAAUGCUCCAGAGAACAGGUUAGUUAAAGGUACAGCCUAUCACUGGGACCUUCUGCUCGUGGCACUUAUAAACACAGGACUGUCGGUGUUUGGCAUGCCCUGGAUUCACGCCGCCUUUCCUCAUUCGCCAAUGCACGUACGGGCGCUCGCCAACGUGGAGGAGAGAGUGGAGCACGGCCAUAUCUAUGAGACGAUUGUGAGUGUGCGGGAAACCCGUCUGACGUCACUGGUGGCUAACGUGCUCGUGGGCCUCUCCCUGUUCCUCCUCCCUUACCCGCUGCAGUGGAUUCCCAAGCCCGUCCUGUACGGCCUCUUCCUGUACAUUGCCCUCACCUCUAUCGAUGGCAGCCAGCUCUUUGAGAGGGUGGCCCUCCUGUUGAAAGAGCAGACGGCGUACCCCCCAACGCAUUAUAUUCGGAGGGUCCCACAGAGGAAGAUUCACUAUUUCACGGGGCUGCAGGUUCUCCAGCUGGUUAUCCUGUGUGGCUUUGGGAUGUCGCCUCUGCCCUACAUGAAGAUGAUCUUUCCUCUCAUCAUGAUUGGCAUGAUCCCAAUCAGAUACAACCUAUUGCCCAAGAUAAUCGAAUCCAAAUACCUGGACGCAAUGGACGCGGAGCAUUAGAAUCGGGGGGUUCUUUUUUGGGGGGGGGGGGGAUGGAUUUUUACAUGAGAGGAAUGACAGCGUUUGCACCCCUGAGACUAUAUCUCUAUACAAAGGAUAGAAAAUGACCGACCAAAGCGAAAUCCAGCGACUCUCGUAUCCCGGGGCCGGACGGAGCUUCCCCUGCGCGAACUGGAAACCCAAAGAUUUGCUUCUUGUUGUUUUUAUACCGGAGCCGCCGCCGGGAUUUUUUUACGUGAUACCAGGAUUUCUAUGGUAAAGGGGGCCAAAAAGCCUGACUGUUUUUCUCUCAGUGAAGCUUGCAAUAUUUUCUAAGAGGACUAACCUGGCGCUCUACUAUAUAUAUGUGUAUCUAUAUACAGGCACCCCCGGCAACUGAAGGAGACUUUGAUAUUUUGUAUUGUACGUGUGAUUU